GCAGCCAUGGUGGCGCAUCGACGCCAUUGAUUAGUUGAUUAGUUCAACAAUUGGUAAAAAGCGCAGGUUGGGUUUUUGUUUCUUUUCGAUUGCCAAGAAGAUCCCACCAUGGAUCUGGAAACUUGGAAACUUGGAAUCUUGGAUUGAAGAAAACCAAGUAAAGAAGAGAUCAUGUAGAAUUCCAACUCUCUGAUAAUAGUCGUGCUUGCUCCAAACAUGGCUUAUGACUUGUAAGCCAGGCGUAACAAACGUGCCCAUAAAGAGCAUAACUUGGUUGUUCAUGGGUGGUGGCACUUGGUGAAGCAGCAGCAGCAGAGCCGGCAUGCAUGGACUAGCUAGCCUCAAUGUUUGUCUUGCUAAAAUGAACAAUAUUUUCAAGCGAUCGAUAUCACCAACGUAGCUUUGUCUUAGUGGAAAUAGCCUACACAUCAUGCCUAGAAGUGUCCAAGCGGUCACUGGUCAGCUAGGCUUCUUUGUUGGUCAGUGAAGACUUUGUCAAAGCUUAAGCUCAGACCCAGAAACAGACACUCAGAAUUUGCCAAAAGAAAACCCGAAGAGAGAGAAGACGGAUUGUUCAUGGAGUCAACGGGACUCUGAGCAUUCAUCUUAACGAGAGAGAGAGAGAGAGAGAGAGAGAGAGAAUCGGGAUGAGUGGAGCAAAGAACGUCGUCGUUGUGUGUGUAACAGGAGCUUCUGGUUAUAUUGCAUCAUGGUUGGUCAAGCUUUUGUUACAACGAGGUUAUAUUGUCAAAGCCACUGUUCGGGACCUGAAUAAUCCGAAGAAAACAGAACACUUACUUUCACUGGAUGGAGCAAAACAAAGGCUUCAUUUGUUCAAAGCAGAUUUGCUAGAGGAAGGUUCUUUUGACCCUGUGGUUGAUGGAUGUGAUGGUGUUUUCCAUACUGCAUCUCCGGUAGUGUUUUCAUCAAUAAGCGACCCAAAGGCAGAACUAAUUGACCCUGCUGUGAAGGGAACACUAAAUGUUCUUCAAUCAUGCAAAAAGUUUCCGACUGUCAGGCGAGUGAUUUUGACAUCGUCUAUGGCUUCAGUGAUCAUGAAUGGAAAACCUCUAACCCCUGAUGUUGUAGUUGAUGAAACAUGGUAUUCAGAUCCACUUCUUGCUGAGAAGCACAAGCUUUGGUAUCUUCUUUCAAAGACUUUAGCUGAGCAGGCAGCUUGGAAAUUUGCUGAAGGAAAUGGAAUCGACUUGGUUUCAAUAAAUCCAGGGUUUGUGAUUGGACCACUCUUACAGCCGGAAAUUAAUUUGACCGUGGAGAUGAUUCAGAAUCUCAUAACUGGCAAGGCAGUGACUGCAUCAAGUUACAGAUUCAUUGAUGUUAGAGAUGUUGCCUCUGCUCAUAUUCAAGCAUUUGAAGUUCCUUCAGCUACAGGAAGAUACUGUUUAGCCAGCCAUGCCGCAAAAAAUUCCGAGACUCUAGAGAUUAUACGACAACUGUAUCCCACUUUGCACAUUUUCGAAAGAUGUGAGGAUGAAAAUCGUUCUUAUCUUCCUUCUGAUCCGGAGUAUCAAGUAUCGAAGGAGAAAGCAAAAGGUCUGGGCAUUAGUUUUUAUCCAUUUGAAGUAACUCUGAAGGACACUCUUGAAAGCUUGAAAGAGAAGGGCUUCCUCAACGUAUGAUGUAUCCAAUUGACAUCAAUCACAUCAUCUUGUUAGUCAUUUACUGGCGGAUGAAAUGCGGUUUAUGCUCAGCUAGGGAGAUUUAAUGACGGAUGAUAUAUAUAUAAGUACUGUCUCCAGGCUUCCUAAUUAUUCUAUCAAUAAUGCUUAUGAAUAGUCAGAAUAGAUAAUAAAUUUCUAAAUACAAACACGUUGACUGGGUAUUUAUAAUAAUUUUUCCUAUCAGAAUUCCCAAGUUCCAGUUU